AUGCUAGCUUCCACAUCAUUCGCCGCACUUUUUUUAAGUCUCUUAUCACUGGCUACUGCCGACAAAACUUGUGGACCUGGAGCAGGUAGUUGUGCAGCAAAUGAGUGUUGUUCGGCCGCUGGAUUUUGCGGUACCAGUGCAGAUUAUUGUACUUCUCCGGAUUGUCAAUUUCGGUACGGACCAUCGUGUGAUGCGAACAGAGUACCCUCUGGAAGGAAUACUUCUUCCAUCCCUCGUGGAAAAGUUGGAUCAGUAAUGUACGGUGCUGAAGGAAUCUACAACUGCGCCAACGCUGGAGACGUUGCGCUCACCUUUGACGAUGGACCUGGACCGUACACGAGUCAUAUUCUUGAUGUUCUUGAUAGAUACAAUGCGAAGGCUACUUUUUUUAUCUCAGGAAAUAACAACGGGAAGGGAGCUAUCGACACGGCUAAUCUGCCAUGGCCCGAGCUAAUCCGUCGCGUAGACAAUAGUGGACACCAGGUAGCUUCCCAUACCUGGUCACACGCCAACUUAGGCAAUCUUAAUUCGGCCGAGAGACAUGACGAGAUGUACAAAAAUGAGAUGGCCCUGCGCAACGUACUUGGCGUUAUUCCCACUUACAUGCGGCCUCCUUACUCAUCAUGUUCAGCUGAAUCCGGGUGUGAGGCUGACAUGAAUAAUCUUGGAUAUCAUGUUACAUAUUUCGACCUAGAUACUCAAGACUAUCUAAACGAUUCACCAGACAUGAUUGGAAAGUCUAAAACAAUAUUUGAUAACGCACUCAAUGGUAGAUCUGCAGCAGAUUCGGAUUUUUUGGCAAUAAGCCACGAUAUCCACCAGCAGACGAGUGAACAACUAGUAGACUACAUGUUGGACCGCCUUCGAAGUCAAGGAUUCAGGUCUGUUACUGUAGGUGACUGCCUCGGAGACGCAAGGGAGAACUGGUAUCGCCCAGACCGGAGUGCAGCAUCGUUUAGGGCGAAAUUUUAA